AUGACGCAGUUGAUCGUGAUGUUGCCAUUUCCUAUCGGAACGACGUACGGAGCUUAUUUCCUCUCAACAAUUUUCUGCGCUAUGCUCUGGGGAGCUUCUUGCAUACAAACUCUUUCUUAUUUUACUCGGUUGGUAAACUCUGGGCGCUGCGAGUAUUUGCUUGACCCAAUUUUCAGUUAUGUGAGAGAUGAUCGAUGGCUCAAAAUUAUGACAGUACUGAUAUUUCAUGGAGCCUACGCCUACCUAGUCCUUCACUUCGGAGACUUUUCAUUUUUUGAGGUGGUUCUUCCGGUGUCUUCGACCGUUGUUUGUGUUUGCGUGCAAGGAAUAUUUGUCGUCAAAGCAUACAGACUUAGCGAGACGAGAUCAAAGGUGCUCCCCUCGCUCUGGGUCAGGAUCAACUAUAUACCAAAGUUUACAUGCUCAAGAUGGUUCUCCAAACAGUUGUCAUUGGGUCUUUUCGAACUGGGGGCAGCGUUUUAUUGCGUCGUUAAGAGUUUUCACACUGGGAACCUCGGUGUCUUCACCGCAUCGCUAAAGUUGCACAGACAAGCCAUGACGCUUGCAACGAGCGAGAUGAUCCAGCGAAUGAUCAUUUUCUCGGUCUUGAGCGGAAUUUGGACCGCUUUAUUUGCUCUUCUUGAUAUGAUCACAUAUCUUGGCUUUCCAAAUACUGCGGUGUACGUCGUGUUCGACUUACCUCUUUGCUCGCUAUACUGCAAUACACUCCUUGCGAGCCUCAACUCACGGGAUAGCUGCAUCGCGACCGGUCGUUAUAUCAAUGGAGGGGGGACAGGAAAGUAG